CCGCCCCGCCCGAGCCCGCCCGGCCGCUGUCUCCGCCUGUCGCUGGCUUCGCGACCGCCGGCUCCGAGGAAGCGGAGGGCGGAGUGGGGGGGCUGGCGCCUAGAGGGAGGCACGGGCCUAGGGCCAGGCCGACCGGGAGGGCACAGCUGAUGUGAAUUUGUUGCAGGUAACAAUUUGCGUUUGUAGCAAAAAUGCUUUCAGAACAGACAGCAGCCCUGGGGACAGGAUGGGAGUCAAUGAAUGUCCAGCUGGAUGGAGCAGAGCCCCGGGUGGAAAGGGGAAGCCAGGAAGAGGGGCCACGGAGAACAACACCAGGGCCACUGGAGCACCUAUGCUGCGACCUUGAAGAGGAGCCACAGCCCCUUCAGGAGAAGGCUCAGUCAGCUCCCUGGGUUCCUGCCAUUACCCAGGAGGGGAGCACUGGAGAUUGGGAGAUGGCAGCUGCUCUUCUCGCAGCCGGAUCACAGGGCCUGGUAACAAUCAAGGAUGUGUCCCUGUGCUUCUCUCAGGAGGAAUGGCGGAGCCUGGACCCUUCUCAGACAGACUUUUAUGGAGAAUAUGUCAUGCAGGAAAACUGUGGAAUAGUGGUCUCUCUAAGAUUUCCAAUUCCCAAAUUGGACAUGCUUUCUCAACUAGAAGGAGGGGAAGAACAAUGGGUCCCUGACCCCCAGGACUUAGAAGAGAGGGACAUCCUGAGGGUCACAUAUACAGGAGAUGGAAGUGAGCACGAGGGAGAUACCCCUGAACUAGAAGCAGAACCUCCCAGAAUGUUGUCUAGUGUGUCUGAAGAUACUGUUCUCUGGAACCCAGAACAGGAUGAGAGCUGGGAUUCCAUGCCCAGGAAUUCCAGAGGAAUGCUCCUGGCCCCACCUUUUCUUCAGGAAGAUAGCUUCUCAAACCUUCUAUGUAGCACAGAGAUGGAUUCCCUGUUAAGACCACACACUUGCCCCCAGUGUGGGAAACAGUUUGUGUGGGGCUCCCACCUUGCCAGGCACCAGCAAACACACACUGGGGAAAGGCCCUACAGCUGCCUCAAGUGUGAGAAGAGCUUUGGGCGAAGACAUCACCUGAUCCGGCACCAGAAAACCCACCUACAUGACAAGCCCAGCAGAUGCUCUGAGUGUGGCAAGAAUUUCCGAUGCAACUCCCACUUGGCCAGCCACCAGAGAGUGCACGUGGAAGGCAAGUCCUGCAAGGGCCAAGAGGUUGGAGAGAGCCCUGGGGUUCGGAAACGGCAGCGUGCUCCACCAGUGCCAAAGUGCCAUGUGUGCACUGAGUGUGGGAAGAGCUUUGGCCGACGGCACCACCUGGUGAGACACUGGCUGACCCAUACUGGGGAAAAGCCCUUCCAGUGCCCUCGCUGUGAGAAGAGCUUUGGCCGCAAACAUCACCUGGACAGGCACCUGCUGACCCACCAAGGACAAAGUCCCCGGAGCAGCUGGGACAGAGGGACAUCUGUCUUUUGAAAUUUGUUUCUGCUGCAACUAUGGUCACAUCUUUCAGCUGGUGCUACCAGGCAUCUCUGCCAGAGCUGCCCUUCUCCUGUACCCCAGUGGCCAGAAUCAUGAGCCCUAGAGAGAUGAGAUUCCAGCAUUGGUCAGACAUUUCUCACCAGUUCUGUGAGAUACCACAUAAAAGUUCUGUAGGCAAAACUUUUGGGAAACAGUGCUUCUAUAUGGGCUGAUAUUCAGCCUGAGCCCAUUCUCAAGGGUACAGUGGUGCCAGCAGUUUAUGGCUGAGUUCUGGUACGAUUGGGUGGUACCCAUGCUGUACCAAUUGUUAAAUAUUUUGAGUAUCACCCUUGUAUACUGUAACUAUUAUAUUCUUUCUAUAUGUAUAUAGAGAGAGACCAUAUAAGCAUAUUAAAGGCUCUGAAAACUUUCGCAGUAGAGCAAAUUGUUAAGCCUCUUUAAAUGCAGUGUUUCCUAAAUUUAUUUGACCUUAAUAUUCUUUCUAUCUUGUAUUGCACAGAACUGGUGAUUCCAUGAAACAUACUCUGGAGAACCACUGGGCUAGAGAGUAAUGAGGAAACAAGAAAGAGAUAAUGAUUAGGCACCCCGAGCCCCCCUUUUUUAACCAAAUGAAAGCUGAGGGGCAGACCUCAUUCCUGUGUGGGUCCAUCACUCUUACCCUGCUCAGCUGAAUAUACAUCCACAUCUCUACUCCCACCUGCUGAAAAACAGAAACAAUAAUCUUUUCACCCCCUUAUUCCUUCUCCCUUCAUCUUGCACAUAUAUAUAUCCAGCUGAGAGAUCACACCAGAAAGCUAAAAGAUGGUCCUUAUAUCCCCGAGUAACCUAGGCCCACACAGAAGAAAAAAAACUUGAUCCCCCUGAACAGAUCCCCCUCCUCCUGACUGUCUUUGUGUGUCUAUGUGUAUGUGUGUGCAGGGUCCUUGAAGAGAGCAUGCAAAGUGCAAACUGUACAAGAUAGAUUUUCUAGGGGCUGCGUUCUGGGGAUGAGGGUAGUGGGGUUUUUUGUUUGAUUUGUCAAGAUAGGAAGUAAGCUGAACAAUUAAGGAGGCCCUACUGGAAAGGUUAAGUGCAUGGGUUAAGUUGUGGGAGUUGAGAUAUAAUGCCUUCCCCAGUAUCACUGAAAUCAAGACAGCUGUGAAAGUCUAGGUCUGAAUUUCUGGGCCACUGAUUCUUUGUGCCUGGGAAGAGACAGAAAGAGACAUUGUCAGUGAAGUGAGCUGUUUCUUGUUGAUUUCAAACAAAUCAACAUUUCAAAUAGAAGCUUUCUGUUGAGUGGGUAUUUGUCUUAAGUGCUGGGAAGUUAGGGCAGGAAUCAGUGUUUGCAAGUUGUUGUCAUCACUCUGAUUUGACCUUAAUUGCUUCAUUAGGGGGCAGAGUUGUUCUUGAAAAUCUCAUUCUCCCAGAAACAGAGCUAUGGUUUAGUUUUUCAGCUGAUGUAGUGUAAUGAGCUUUCCCGGUUGGUUUUCCUCCCAGUUCUGGGAAGGUGUACACACUAUGACUCUUAACUCCAGGACUUGCAUAAGUAUUCUAGCAUCUGUUAGUUGAUAAGUUUGGUCAAUGUUUCUCUUUCUUGAUGAUGUGUUAAUACUAAUCUUAUAAUUUAAGAUUUAUCUUGUAUGUAAGAGCAGUUUGGGGUUAGGGAGGGAGAGGAACACAGAGGAUAAAGGUGGUGUAGUUUCUCUUUAGUGCUUAAAUUCUGGUUUUUCCUUAGCACAUGUAUUUCUCAACUACAAUUGGAGGAAUUAACCAGAGAGGCAAGAGGAAGUGAGUUGCAAUGGUCUAGUUUAAUGACUGUUCCAUUUGCUUAGGUAAAACUGGGGGAAUCACAGCUCCUCAAAGUCCUGGACCCAAUUGAAGCUGAAAGUGGGUCAUUUUGUUGACUGGGCUUCUAAAGUCUAUAUGACUUGAGCAACCCAGCCCAGACCUCCCUUCAGAGAAGCCUUCCUUCUUUGACUGGAAUGCACUUCUCUUGCUUACAUUCCUAUGAAUAGAGCAAAAUGGCUAGUUGGUUGUAAGGUGGCUUUGUCCUAAGUCCCUAGAGACAGGAGCAUUUUAGGAUUGGUAUUAGGAGAUGCCCCAGGGAACAGGACUGUAUUAGAUUCCAGUGGUAAAACUAUACUGUGCCAUUUCUUUUGCCCUCCCACUAUGCCUCAUUGAUUAAUGCGAUCAGUUCUAUAUAAGCAGUGGUUCAGAACCUGUUUGAGUGACAGACCAUUUUGAGAAUCUGAUAAAACCAGAAACUUCCUUUUGAGAAAAACAGACAUUAGAAAUAAACUUUUGCAUAUACUUGUAGCAGGUUCAGAGCCUAUCCAUGGAAUCACUAAACUGGGGUCAAAGAAAGGGAGGUACUUGACCCAGUAUAGUUGUGAUUAUUUGUUCAAGAAUUGCUUAGGCAAGGAUCACUCAUUAUUUUAAGGACUAAGACACCAGAGGCAGGGUAUAAGGAUAGAGUCUGGUCUUUAAUGACUAGAAGGAUAUUGCUUACAUUCUGUGUUUUUUAAGAAAGAUAUGACAUGUUGACACAUCCAGCUCCUCAUAUACCUUGUUUUAAAGACCUGUGGGAGGUCUUUAAAGAUCCCAUGCUAUCAGAUCACACCUCUUAAUAACCAGAUUGAUCUGUGUUAGUGAUUGUUAAUGUUAGAAAGUGAAGCCUGCAAAGUGUAGGUAUAGUCAUAGCAUCCAACUGAAAGAUAUCAUGGAGUCUAAGGGCCUUCUGCAGAAGGGACAACUCAGUAGGGCAUGUCUGGUAUACUACUGUCUUCUCUACCUCAGUCCAACACCACUUCCCUUGGACAAAAAGUAAAAUAACAGCCAUCAGAUGGGUGAAUAGAUCUGAAUGAGUUUUCCCAUAGGAAAUCAGCUUCAAACUCCAUCUUCUUUCCAACAUCCUCUGCCAUAUAUCUACCCUAUCCCUUUAAAUGAAAAAUGUCUCUGUGUCCUCUCUAGGCAAAAUGUAAAAUAGGGAAGUUCAGAGACCUGUCACUUUUUUCCUUCUUUUGCACCUCUCCUAUUCAGGGCUCAAGUAUCCUCCUGUUUCUACCCCAUCAAUGUAUCUGCAAAGAAUCCUUUACACUGGAGAUUAUAACCCAAAAUGUUAUCUUUUCCAGAGCUACUUACAUUUUAAGCCUUAGCUCUGAUAUAGAAAUGGAAAGAAAAGCUUUUCCUUGUUAAAAUGAUGUUAUUCCUUCAGGGAGCUAAAAGGCUAAUAAUUUGGGACAAAAACAUUCCCUUUCUAGCACUCCUGCAACCAAACCACAGUUUCCUAUUUUCAUCAAGGGCAAGGUGAGCCCUGACUCAAAACCAGAAAUGCCAGUUUCUUUCCCUUUUUCUUCAGAUCGGUGCACUGGACAGGGGUUAGUGCGGCUGGGCAAUAACAGAAAAGUGGAGUCUAUUCCCUCAGACUCCUUAGAGAUCCUGAGCUGGCACAAUCUUCUAUUUCCUGGAGUGCUGUGUUGUGCUGUAGGUCUCAAAAUGUGGCAUUGAUAUCACCUGCGAACUUGUUUUAGAAAUGAAAAUUCUUGGUCUCCGUCCCAGACAAACAAUCAGAAACUGGGCGUAGAGCCCAACAGUCUUUAAAGAUGCCUCCAGGAUGUCUAAUGUGUGCUAAACCUUGAGAACCACUGGCUAGGAGAUUCAAAUUCCAUUUUACUCAGUGGUACCUCAUACUCUUCAAAUGGAGAGAGGAGGGAUCUUCACACCCCUGUUGUCAGAUUUAUUUUCUGCAACCUCUCCAGGCUAGUUGCUCCUCAGUUCUAUUCCUUCUGAGUCCCAAGGCCGUCCCUGACUCUUAAAUCAGUCAUGACUGGGUUCAUCAACAGUUUCAGAAACUAGUGGGGCAACUAACUACCAAGCUGCUGUAGUUGGUUGGGGCUGGGCUUCUAAAAUGAGCACUGAAGAUUCAUGACAAAAAAGGAGUGGACACCUCAAAGAAGGGAAAUCCAAUAUAAAACUGAAACAAUGACAUUCAGGGAAAUGGUCUUCCUUUGCUAGUUAUCUGGUCCUAUUCCAGAACUAGUACGUUACCCAGAGGCAGGCAAGGUGGGGAUUCAGCACAGGAGCAAGGCUAGCUGUCCAACCCAAGUUUUCCAACCUCACAAUUGCCCUGGAGACCAAUGUGCCAUGCAAGGGAUUUUUAAGCCAGACCAGGCCAGCUUCUCUCCUAGGCACAGCAACAAGAACAGUCUGAACUGACAGUGACGGAUCAGCAGCCCUUCUGGGGAGCUCCCAGGUCAAAAGUUUAGAGUGAAUCUAAGUGUCUCUGGGGAGGUGAUCAGCCCUUCCCCAGGCGGAGAAGCCUGGGAAUGCUUUUCUUCCACUCCAGGCCUCAGGCUCUUGCCCUCUUUCAUUUUCCAGCCGCCACCUCCAUUUUCCCGGUAAGUGGAGCUCUCCCUCCACUGUUCACUCCUUCUUAUUCAAUUUGUUUAAUUUGGUUUGGUAUUUUGUUUUACCUGGGGAAUGCCACACCUUCCCCAGGCUUUUUGUUCUUCACAAUCCCUAUCCUUCUUCCACCGUAGUUUCUGUCUUUGAGCUUCUGGCCCGUUCCAUCCCAUCAUGAGCUUACUCACUACCUGUUCUGUGCCUAUUGUCCAGUUUCUUUUCUGUCAGCUUGAAGCCUGCUACACAGGUCACUGUCACACUUCCCACUUCUUCCCUCAGACUUUUGGCUUGGCAAUGCAGUCAGCAGCUAUCUCACCACUACCUCUCUCUCCCUCAUAUAACCUCUUCACCUCCGAACUUGAUCCAAGCCCUUCACUCCAUUCCCUACAGACUUCUUCUCUUGAUGUGGUUUUCUACUUUCUAUUUUGAUUUAUUCAUCCCCUCAUGUCUCUUGUGGGUUCCAAGAAUCAGUCUCAAUUCUACAAGCCAUUUGUUUUGUAUGCUUACUAUGCAUCAGGCAUUAGCUGUUCCAGGCUUGGGAGAUCAUGUGUGACUGUGGUUCCUGUACUUAGCAUGUUGCUCAGCCAAGCCCACCCCUGCCACCACUUUCCUGCCACACCUAACACUGCACACCAAAGCACCCUCUUUCUGGGUGCUUUUCAGGGUAUAUGCCCACUUGCCAUACAGCCCCCACUGCUCCAUGCCUUCCAGAUUUCUAGCUGUUGUCUGACUUGGUUCCCUCUGAUGGUCUGUGAACUUCCUGUGGAUUACCCAACAGGGGAUCUUUGUCUGUAUCCUUAGGGAUCUAUAAUACCCUUUUUAUGGUCCCUGUCAGUUGAAUAAAGUAUUGGCUGUGUCACUGA